AAAGUUGCACUUGUUAAAUCUGAAGAAUGAAGUUUCUCGUGUUACUUGUUAUUUUCGGCUUUACUCAGAUUUGUUUAUGUUCGAGGCCGUUCAAGGAAAUUUGCGAUGCUUUCAAAGUCAUGGCCAAUGUAGAUGGCAAAGUUGUGGAUAAUCUUUGCAAUUUAUUCACUAGAUUAAGGACAUUAAAUGAAAGAAAUGACACCGAAUGGAAGGCAACUCUCAUGACCGUUGCAUUAAAUGAUGAUUUACCAAAGAAAAAUCGAACAAUUUCCGACAUUCAGAAAAGUUUUCGUGAAAAAACCCAAAAAACUGUGGUAAAAGAGCAAACAAAAGAAGCAAAGACAACGAGUCAUGUUUCUGCCGAUCCCACUGAAAAAGAAUUUUUUGAACGAGCUCGAAAGCAUGUUAUCUACAGAGUUGGACGCAUCGAAAACCGAAAAAGCGUUAGAAUUUGCUACGGAAAUUUUUCGCAAAACUAAUCGCGAAAAAGAUAUUAGUAUUUUUGCUUUGAUUUUAUUUUUCAACUGAUAUAAAGAUUGACUUUUCGAACAGGUGUAUUAUACCAUGA